GAUCUCUGUAUUUGCAUAGAACAUCCUGAUUGGCUAUUAAUGUACGUGGGCUUAAUAUUAAUAGGGGAUGGUGUGUCAGAUGUCAUCACGUACACGCAGAAUCUCGAGGCGCCAGUAAACUUUUCCUGCCUUGAAGAAAUAUGUCGGCGGGAUCCGAUCCAACCAGCAGAAGUUGUGUAUGCGCAGGCGUGCAGCUACGCCCGCCAAUGGUCCCCGAGGUCCAGCGCGCCCUGCUCACUCGCGUUCGAUGGCGGUUGCCGCUCGCCAUUGUCCAAUCGAAUGCGAGCAUUUGAUGUCAAGGCAGAGGCGGAGGUGAGAGGUUGUGUUUUUUGGAGGGAAUGCGCCUGCGUGGGCGCUCGGUGUAAGAUGGCGGCGGUUGGUGAUGGAACGGGGUCAACUGGGUCGGCGCUGCAAGGGUUAAUUCGGCAGUUUACAGCCAUUACAGGUGCCAGUGAAAGUGUGGGGAAACAUAUAUUAGAAGCAUGCAGCAACAAUCUGGAGAUGGCUGUCACAAUGUACCUGGAUGGCGGUGGAAUAGCUGAAGAACCCAGUACUAGUACAGCAGGGACGUCGAGUAGACUGCCUCCACAAGACGAAGUACGAGCUCCAAUUCCACAAAAGCAAGAAAUUCUGGUGGAACCUGAACCGUUAUUUGGUGCCCCCAAACGGCGGAGACCUGCACGCUCGAUAUUUGAUGGAUUCAGAGACUUUCAGACUGAAACAAUCAGACAGGAGCAGGAGCUAAGAAAUGGUGGUCCAGUGGACAAGAAGCUGACCACUCUGGCAGACCUCUUCAGGCCACCCAUAGACCUAAUGCACAAAGGCAGCUUUGAAACGGCAAAAGAGUCGGGACAGUUGCAGAACAAGUGGUUGAUGGUAAAUAUCCAGAAUGUGCAAGACUUUGCCUGUCAGUGCUUGAAUCGUGAUGUUUGGAGCAAUGAGGCAGUGAAAACCAUCAUUCGAGAACACUUCAUCUUUUGGCAGGUAUACCAUGACAGUGAAGAAGGACAGAGAUAUGUCCAAUUCUAUCAACUUUCAGAUUUCCCUUACGUGUCCAUACUAGACCCCCGCACUGGUCAAAAAUUAGUUGAAUGGCGAAACCUGGAUGUGAAUUCGUUCCUGGAGCAGGUGACGGGAUUUUUAACAGAACAUGGGCUAUUAGAUGGACUCUCCUGUAGCCCACCAAAGAAGCGACUACGAUCAGAGAGCUUAAUAGAUGCCAGUGAAGAUAGCCAGCUAGAAGCAGCAAUUAAGGCUUCUUUACAAGAAACGCAUUAUGAGUCGUCAAGCCCUGAGAAUGAAGAUCAGUCAGAGGAUGAGUCGGAGGCAGAAGCUUUUUCAGACAGUGAAGGAUUCAUUUCUAUUAAUGGUUCAGAUGAAGAAAGGGAAGAAGAAAGUACCACAAAAAAGAAGCAAACACCACGUAAGGAUCUAAGCAUUAAACAAACACGUGUAGAAUUUGCUGAAAGAACUGAGGCAGGGAAAGAAACUAGUUCGGAAUUUUCCUGCAAGGACAGAUCUGAAAAAAAUCGAACAGGGGCAGAUGCAGAAACCUCAACAAAGCAGCAAGAAAUAGAAGAUACUGCAGUCUUUUUUGAUAACAGUGGACCAAAAGCAAGUCUGAUGCUGCGAUAUCCGAAUGGACAAAGGGAACAAAUUGCACUUCCAGCUCAAGCAAAACUACUGGCACUGGUGAAGCACAUCCAGUCAAAAGGAUACCCAAAUGAGCGGUUUGAACUGGUCACCAACUUUCCACGCAGGAAGCUCUCCCACUUGGACUAUGAAAUUACACUUCAAGAAGCUGGACUGUGUCCUCAGGAAACUGUCUUUGUUCAGGAGCGAAAUUAACCUGGGAGUGCAAAAAAGAUUUUAUACAAAUGUUGCAAGAUCUGGUUGGUUGGUGAUAACCUGGCUUCAGCCUGAACAAGGAGAACUAUGUAUUUUCAUCUUUUUACUGGACCCAGUGAGACAACUGAUGUGAAGAAAUUUGGUGAUCUACACUCAAUUCUUAAUACUUUUUGAUUCCCAAACGAAGAACCCUUUUUACUGGACCAUAGAACACUGGAUAUAAUUUUUGUUUUGUUAUUCAUAAAGUGUCCAUCAUUCUAUGCUUGACCCAUUACAUUUGGACAAUACCAGACAUCAGUUUCAUUUGUAUUUGUCCCCCUACACCUGCUGGUCUUGGCAAUGCUCCAAGUUGCCAAAACCAAAAUCUACAAGAGCCUUGCAUUUUUACUACUAGGAGGAAGCUUUCCUCGCACUAAGAGCAGUUCACUACAGGAAUCGGUGGGGAACCAGGAUGCAAAAUGAUGGGAUUGGCAUCCAAAAAGAUUUGAUUUUGUCUCUUGGUAGUGUUGCAUAUUUAGGCUGUAAGUGCGUGAUAGGAAUUUGAUGUUGUUCACUAUGAUGCAUCUUCAGUUGUCCUGAUAUCUUCAAACAACCCAGCUCAGGCCUGUGCUGGAAUUCAUGUCCUUAUGUUAUGGGUGGAGUUAUUUCAGCAUAGCCAGAUAUAAUCUCAUAGGUCUGGCAUGCUGGGUCUAAAGCCACCAACUUUACUUUAGUCUGCACUUUUGAGGCACAAGUUGCUGUGGAAUGAUUAUUUAAUGCUUUAGUGCAUCAUUCCAAGAUCAACAAGCUCUAAAACAGGGGUUCCCAACCUUUUUUAUGCCAUGGACCCCUAGCAUUAACCGAAGGGUCCAUGGAUUCCAGGUUGAGAGCCCCUGCUCUAAAGGGACCCGAGGCAAUCUAGCCCAUCUGACUAGAGCAGCGAGUCCUGUGAAAACACAUUUGAUCCUUGACAUUAAGCUAACAGAGUGAAGCUUCUAUGUUCUGUAAAGCAAGGUUAAUACUGAGGGUUUUUACAUAGUCCAUUAUUCCAUGUAAGGUCAAGAAUUGAGUGAUUGUGCUCAUUUCUGUCAACAUCAAACUUCAAGGUUUGUACCUGGUUCCUGACAUAAAUUUCUUUGUGAUCCUGCUUAUCAUUCUGGUUUGUGUCAUGUUACAAAUUUGAGGGGUUGGAUGAAGCAGGAUCCUCCAUGGUAAACUUUGGAGAUGAGCAACCUACCCAUUGAGAAUGGUUUGAGGUGUAGUCAAGCCCCAAACUGUGAUGGGUGAGAGUUGGGAUAGGGAUGUGGUAGUGAUGGUGGUGCUAAUGUGUGAUUGAUGCAGUUUUGGGGUUCAAUGAAGGACAGUAAACAACUAUGUAUAUCUGCCAGUACCAUGGAGGGAGUGAGCAAUGUUAGUGUGUCCUGCUGGGAACAAUCAGUGUUUUAUGGCUGUUUUCAGGCCUGGUCCUUCAUUUUCAGAGGAGGAGAGGAAUUUGAGAGAGUAUAUUGAUAAUAAGUAUCUUUGGCAAAGUUGUAUGAACACAGCGAGCAAAUCUUGUAUGGUUCUGCAGGCAUUUGUACAUACAUGGAGAGAGCAUGAAACACUGGAGACUAUGUGCUAGGGGAUGGUUGGUAUUGAAUUAUUGUUUGGAACAGUUGGGACCCUUUGGGUGGGAGGGUGAGGGUUGGCAAAGGAGGAGAUCGAACCCAAAAGGGACAAUAGGGGUGGGGGUGGGUGGGAGCAUUGUGCAUUGAAGGGAAGGUGGACACCAAUGAGAACAGUUAAGUGUGUCUGGGGUCAGGUAACUGUAAAGUAAGAAUGUGUGAGACUGACUAAGAAAAAAUAAUUAAGUGGGAGGAGCUCUGUGUCACUUUGGAAAGAGCCAUAUUGGAAAUAGACUGUUACCGUGUGUAAUUAAGUAUGGUGAGCAUUGCAUCAUAGCAGAAUAAGUCCCUUGUUCAUUUUUUUUCUGCCAAUUAAGGUUUUUGAUCCCUGUAAUUAUCAAUCAAUUUUUCCAGCAGAGGCUAUGAACAUUCUGUACUCUGUGAAAGGAAUAAACAUUAGCAAUUAAACAAGAAUUUGAUUGAUGAAAUAAUGUUCAAAAUUAGCCACUUUCAAGUUCACAGAUAUGGAAAUUGUUGGGCUGUAUUAUAAACAUGCUGGUGAUAAUGUAACUGGACAAGAGAGAUCAGAAGUCUAAUUGUGAAAAAAGAUGGUCAAUAAUAUUUGAAUUCUGUCCACUGAUUUUCUGCAUUUAAUCUGUAACUAUCAGAUAUAUGAUAUGAUCUUGAUCAAUUCUUUGAAAAUGUGGGAGAAAGGGUUACAAUGGGGGAAAUUAGUGAGGAAUAGGAUUGCUUUGUGAGCUGGCAUGGGUUUGAUGGACCAAAAUGGCUCCGUGAUUGUAAGAGAAGGUGAUACCACACACAAAAUGCUGGAGGGACUCAGCAGGCCAGGCAGCAUCUGUGGAAAAGAGUACAGUCAACAUUUCAGGCUGAGACCCUUCAGCAGGUCUCAGCCCAAACCAUCAACUGUACUCUUUUCCAUAGGUGCUAUCUGGCCUGCUGAGUUCCUCCAGCAUUUUGUGUGUGUUACUUGUAUUUCAGCAUUUGCAGAUUCUCUCUUGUUUGUGAAAGGAAGAUGGUAAAUGGCUAAACAAAGCAGAUCAAUGCAUCGCACACCCAGGUUCUGUAAUCAAUUCUUCAUCCAAAUCUCAAUGAAAUAUUAAAUCAUGUCAGAUUACUACGUGUUUUUAAUAGUACUUCAGUUAUUCAGUUUGUGAAACAUGAGUUUAUACUCCCAAGUAGACUGCCUGGAUAAGAUCUCCAAAGACUAGGCAGUUCCCACACAUCUGACCAAGUGAACCAGUAAACUGAAUAAUUUGAACAUUACAGGAUUGCGUCAACCAAUAUCACAUUUUGUAAACCUCAAUCAAUAAAAUUUAUAGUUUGCUUUUUAA